AUGGAGCCUCAAGUGCAGAGACUGGUGGACAAGGUUUGGAGGAGGUUCCAGGAAACACCUCAGGACAAGCGCCUGUUAAUCGGAAUAGGCGGCAUCCCGGGCUCAGGCAAAACUACGCUGGCCCAAAUCAUCACCAAUGAUAUUAACGCCCUCUCCCUCAAGAAUGCGCCCUCAUCUCCUCCACCAGCGGCCUUCGUGCCCAUGGACGGCUUCCACCUCACUCGCGCCGCUCUCUCCGCUAUGCCCGACCCGGUCACCGCUCAUGCUCGUCGCGGCGCCCCCUUUACCUUUGACGCACCCAAGUUUCUUGCCCUUAUGAAGUCGUUACGGGAACCUAUUUCUCCCUCUGUAUCGAUAUUUGCGCCGUCUUUUGAUCACGCUGUAAAGGAUCCCAAAGAGGACGACAUUGCAGUACAACCUAUCCAUCGAAUUGUCGUCUUGGAAGGCAUCUACCUAACAUUAGAUAAGGACGUGUGGCGUGAUGCUGCCGCCUUGUUCGACGAGCUGUGGUUCGUCGAAGUGGACUUUGAAGUGGCGAGGAAGAGGCUGAGGGAGAGACAUCUCCGAGCAGGCAUUGUGCAGACCGUGGAAGAGGGCGAUAAGAGGGCCAUUGAAAACGAUCUGGUAAAUGGGAGAGAGAUUAUAGACUACAGGCUACAGGUUCACGAGUUGGUUCAGAGCAGGGAAGACGGAAACUGGGUCCAUGAAUAG